GUUAUAUUUGAAAAAAUUGAAAAAACAAACGAUGAAAAUGAUCCAUUUAUUAGCGUAGUUAGUGUAUGGUAUGAUAACGUCUGCAGUUUUAUGUAUAUUAAUCCUGAAUUUGAAAUAUCCACUAUAAUUAUUCAUAUUAAUCAUUAUAUGAUGCGUAACUAUGUAAUGACUAGUCAGUAUAAAUUCUAUUUAAAUCAACUUCAUCAAUCACCGUUAUCACAGUCCAUAUUUACUGCUAAACAGUUAUUUUAUAUAAAAACAUGUUCAUUACUUAUAAGUGCAUAUUUAUAUACAAAAACUCAAGAUUUUCCUUAUACUCUUGAAGAAUUAAUUCAGCAUUUUGGUGCUGAUAUCACACAAAUAAUCAUUCUUCAUACCUAUACUAUAGAAUCAUGGAACGCAGAGUUACUGAGUUGUAUUACAAGUCUUAGUGCCCUUUUUUCUACUUGUUAUUGGUGGGGAGGAGAGAAAGAAUCACAAGCCAAAAUAGUUUUUCCAACUGAAUCAGCAACCUGUGAAUAUAUCGAUGCACUCAUUCGUAUAAUUGACUAUAAGCCGAUUUCUCAAUCUAUUGAGAUAAAACGAACAAAUGAUCUAACGAUUCUUUUAGAGAUAACUUUAUUUCGAAUACUAAAUAUAGCACAAAAUGGCAAUUUUCUUUGGUUUCUACGUUCAAAGACUUCGCUACCCGAUACACUUUUAACCAUUGCUAAAACAUCACCUUGUGAUAAAAUACGCCUAUCUAUAUAUGCAAUACUUGGUGAAAUUCUAUGUGAUAAAAGUUUGAAAGAGUUGGAAAUAUCCGAUAGUGCCAGUAGUUUUUUCUUUAAUGCAUUUGAACAAGCAUGGGAACGUCCAUCAAAAAAGUUUCAACAAGUACCAUUAUUGCUUCUACUAAAAUGUUUGAUGAAUUUUUCUAAAAUCGAUGCUUUUCAACAGCAAAUAGCUAAUACAAAUAAAGUAUUACUUUUGAUUGAAAUGUGUGAUCAAUAUCCAAUAGUAUAUGAUAUUCUAUGGGCACUCUCAUUCAAUCAUGAUAUUCAACAACAACUUCAUUCAAAUACAUCAUUUAUAACAAAAUUAACUCAUCUACCGAAAGAAUAUGAUAAUCAAAUACGAAAAAGUGCACAUGGAAUAUUAUGGAACUUAAAAAUAAGCCAUGAAGAUCGUACAACAUUAGCAGUUAGUAAUGAAAAAACUUUUGACAUUAUGAUUAGUUAUUCACAUAAAAAUGAAACCAUUUGUAAACAAAUUUAUAAUGAACUUAUCAAUAGUGGUUAUCGUGUAUGGAUUGAUUUUGAUCAAAUACAUGGUAAUGUUAUGGAUGCAAUGGCA